AUGCUGACCCUCAUGCGACGCGCCGAGGCCACGACGGUCAUGAUCAACCACCGCGGCGAGCGCAUGCUGCCGGUGCCGCCACGUCGUGGGGCGGUUCUGUUUCCAAGCAAAGCCAAGACGCGCAAGCUCUCGGCCAUGCAGGGCGACGACGAGCACGUGCAGUGGACAAAGAAACAGCGGAGCGACGACAAUGUGGAGCCCGAACUCGUGCCUGUGAGUGCAUUGGGUACUCGAGAGAGCGGCAGCGAGAGGCACUCGCCGUUUGAGUUGCACUUGAAGGCCGUGUACGAAGGAGACGCGGAGGACGGCAUGCAGUUCUUUGAAUCGCACGGCUAUUAUGACGUGACAGACGCGAAUACCGUGGCUAUGUUUCGUCAGAACUUUGGCCUUGGGAAGGCGUUCUGGCUCGGAAAAGAUGAAGAAGGGUUGAUAAAGGAGAUGAAGGAGAAGGGAUGCGAUGAGGCUGAAGCUCUGGUUGGAGGUGUGGGGCCGACGCCGCCAGCAGCCGUGUACCCGUUCGGAUCGCAUCAGCAGAUGGUGAGCUCGCGCUCGCUGUUGCGUCGGGAACGCACCGAUUCGGGUCGGUUUACGCUGCUGGACGAUGAUGGGAAUGAAGUGGACGACCACACGUUGUGGGAAAUGGAGCGCGAAGACCGACUUAAGGUCAAGAGUCUGGAGCUGGAUGAUGACGAGCUCGCAGAACUGGCGCACGACGAGCUGGUGCUCGUGCAGGCGAUUGCUGUCAUUCGAUCGGAGAAGUGCCAGCUGCAACGCUUUUUCGCUCAGGCUUUUCACGAGGAACAGCCUCGGGCCAUGCCGAUGCCUGAUGUUAGACACGGCCAGGCACAGCAGACGGAGCUGCCGCCGGCCAUGCCGCCUGCUGAUUUGGAACUGCCGCCAUAUUGCGGCUACGUGAACUUGCUGAAGGACACGAUUCCAUUCUUGAUGCGCAGCUGGCACAAGCGCUGGUUUUACUUGGACUUCCAGGCGGGUGUCGUGCUCAUGUACAAGCGCAGCUACUGGAAGAGCCCGCGCGGCGUUGUUGAUUUGCGCAACGUGGCGCAUAUUGAGAAAAUGAGUCAGGGUGACUUUCGCUUGGAGUUUUUCGACACGGGCGCGAAUGCCCCAUCGAUGAUGCUCAUGCGCUCGAAGCAUUCGGAGGAGGCUGCGCUGUGGGUGAAUUUGCUGCGCUUCGCCAAGCAAGCAUCUCAUGGAGCACCUUGUCUAACUGAUGCAGUGAUGGACAACACGAAAGCAAUUAUGAAGAAGGCGAACAAGAAAAAUCAGGUGGAUAUACUAGCGCAGAUGCUGACAAACUCGGCGAACAAUGCGCGAUCAAAGAACAUGCGUGCUAUUGCUCAGGCAUCGGCCGUUGCAGCAUCGGCUGUCUCGAACAUACGCCACAACAAAACGAACGUGCUUCACACCGCUAUUGCAGCAUAA